AUGAAAAUUCCCUUCCCUCUCGAUGAAGCCCUCUCUCCCUAUCUGAGUUCAAACCCUCUCUCUCUCCCUCUCUAUCACAUCUCUGCACCUAAACCCUUUCUCCUCAGCUCAAUCCUUUCUAAGCCGACUCUCACAUCUCAGAGAGACAGAGGCAACGAGGAGGUGGACUUCGGUGUCGGCUUCGUCACGAGGAUCGACGUUGGCGCCGUCUUCUGGAUGGUCGUUGGCGCCAUCUUUUGGAUAGUCGUCAUCGCAGGUAACUUCUCUUCGAGGUCCAGAGAGCGAAUCAGAAAGACAGUCGAAAAGGUGAUGGCCAUCGGUGUCAUCGACAGAGUGAACGUCGUCAUUGCGCUCGUUGUCUGCUUGUCGUUGUCACGGUCAUCUCGGUCCUAG